ACAGGCAACGGUGAUCCGUACUCCGUACGAAUAUACGUAGUUGCCAGUCGAUGCGCGAAGGUGCUCUCUAAGUGGUAUGAUACUCGUGCAGAGGCAAGUACAAUCGGGCACACAGGCUGUAAGUCAUCGAACGAUUCUGCACCGUGAAACACGCGAUUCUACCAAGCCUGAGAGCAUAAAGUACAAGACACUUCGUUGCCACGACAAGCAUUCAGUUUACCCAAGUAAAUCCUGUCCUUUAGUGUGAAAUUCGCGAACAGAAGACCUAACCGGCACGCCUCAACGGAACCGGCCCUAUCUUCGUUCUGCGAACAAGUGUUUCCUGACUGUGUUCCGUCAGACAGGACACCAAAAAAAACUCUGAUCUCGCAGCGAAGAUCUAGCAUUUUUAUCCGAGGAUGAUGGCACCCACGAAAUGAGCGUCAGCCCGAGCAACGAGCAAGCUAGCCUCGAGAUGGAGACGCCUCUCGAGGACAAUAGCCUGAAAGUGUCCCCCGUGCAGAAUGUCGCGCGACAGGAUUCGGGGGUACCGGAGGAUCUCGCGUCGCCAUUGGUCGACGCUAGCAAUCUGUUGAACGAAGAGGACCUGGACGGCACGAUGAACAGCGACUGCAACAUUACCGUGAUCCACGUGACGGAGUCCGAGGGCCACAAGUCCGAGCAGACUCUGUCCGUGGACAGGAAGGACUACGGCGCCGAGGGCAAGGACAGCAAGGACGGCAGCGACAGCGGCGUGGAGGGUUGCGCUACCGAGGUUCCAAGGGUGCGAAGCAGAAAUAGCCUGGACUACGCGAGCAGUUGCGGCGGCUUAGACGAAGCCUCAUGCGACUCCAGCUUGGUUAGUUGCUGCUCCGUGUACGAGGACCCAUGCGCAACUCUGCCGGACGAUGUUCGUUUGACCACCGGGGGCGAGGGGACAAGCGAGGGCGGCAGCGAGAGCUCGUCAAUCGCUGGCAGCGUGUCGGCUCGCGGCAACCGUACAAACACGAAGAGGACGGUGGCCACUUCCAGCGUCAGCAAGAAGAAGGCAACCGCAACGGACGCGCAGAAAAACAUCAGAGCUAAACCGACACCCUUGACCACUAGCUAUGUCGCUGCCACCCCUAGAUCCAAGCCAAGAACGGCCACGCCGAGGAGUAUACUCAGCAAGACUCAGCCCGCGACAAGGGACAGGGCUAGGUCUAGAGAGAAAUCGACAACGAAGGAAGCAGGUACAUUGGAAGGUACGCCUGUAAGUAACCGGGUGUCGACGGCAUUCCGUUCAGGAACGGCUUCCGCGACGCCGAGGACGAGGACGAGGCCAAUACCCGAUUCACUGCCAUCAGCGUUGACCACGGAGAUCAAUAAGGACCUAGCCCAGCGAGGAAGGGGUCUUGGUGGUAGCUGUAGGUCCAGGGGAGGGUCCAGCACAAGGGGAGCUCGCACUCCUAGUUCCACGCCGUCCGAGGAGGUACGAAAGCCACUGGGUACUCCGAGGGUGCCUUACACAGGCCGGGGAGAGAUGUCGAGGCCCUCCAGGCCCGAUAAAAUGAUGAUCAGCACGGACAACAAGGCUUUAGACACUUAUGCAACUUUGCCCAGGAGGAACAGGAAUAAGAUCAUUAUUUCCAAGGCCAGCGAGAAGACCGACAAAGUGACCAGAAGUAGGUCUGGCAGCAGAGAUGCUAGUCUGAACAGGCAGGUCGAGAAAAAAGCUAUCGGCAAAGAGUCUUCUGUUCACAAGAGCUUGCCGCCCUACCCUAGGCACAAAGUGGCAGAGAAGACGCGUAUUUAUCAUGAGACCAGUGUUCAGACUGGUUUAACCGGUCAGGAUAUAGAGAAUGCCUUGUCGGGUGUACCUAGCGCGGUUGCAGGACCGGAAGUGGUUGAGAGAUUGCACGAGGGCUGUCAAACCGAAGGCACCUGGGAGGACAUGCAGACUAUGCAGUGCGAUCUGAAGAGAUUGACGGAGGAGACCAUCAGUCAGAAAGAGGAGAACGAGAAGCUGAAGGCUGAAGUGAUCGAGGUGAAGCGUUUACUUGAAGAGGAACAGGCUGAUCAUGCGUUCGCCAGGCAAGAGCUGGAUAGAAACGCGCAGCGCGUGCUUGCUAUGCUUGGUACACCGCAAUCGGAGCACGCAGAAGGCAGUGACAGUUUUCUGGAACUCGAGUGCCAUUUGCAAUCCUCCGGACAAGUGGUCGCUAAUCAGCAAUUAGAAAUAGCGGAUCUACAGUCUUUGUGCCGUAUGUUAAGUAGGGAUUUGGAAAAGAGUCUGGCUGCUCAGAAAGCGCUGCUGCAGCAACAACAAGAGUUAGAAGCGGAAUCAGCCGAGAUGCAAGACUUCCUGCAAGAAGAGAAAGCUACUUUAGCGGAAGCUCUGAAAGAGGCGGAGGCAGAGCUUUCCAAAAAGGAAGAGAUGCUAACAAAGCGCGAACUGGAAUUGGAAAGGCAAACCGAGGAAUGUAAACACCUAGUUAGAAUUAGCGAACAACGAAGGCAAGAAAAUUUAUCUAUGAGUGUGAAACUGAAUGCUGUUGAACGUCGAAGCAGGGAACUGUUACUGACUCAAGGAGCCGCAGUUUCCGGUGCUGCGGUCGCACUUUCCGGUUUGGGAACUAGGUUAGAGGGAUUAGUUGACCAGUUGAUAACUUCCUAUAAUAUCUCGGUAAAAGAUCUCGAGGAUGUGAUAUAUCACAAUGAAGCCUAUAGCAGAAGCAACAGCAGCAUCGAGUCCAGUCCAGUCAGCUCUAAACAUAGUCUGAAAGAGUGUACUCCUAGUCCAAAAAGCGGUUCCUUCGUUUCCGCUGUUAUCGGAGCCAUCCGAAACGCGGCGACGCAUCCUUUCGCGACGAAGAAUGCGGACAAGAAGUCUACAUUAGAAUCGGCGAAGCAAAUGUACAAAGAAUUGAGCAUGGAAUCCUCGUCAGAUCUGCUCGAUUUCGAGACAGAGCCGUGCUUAAUGAUGGAAAGCGUGUUGGAGGAUGUUCCUUUGCCUGAUACUUAUUCGCACAACAUGGUCUCGAGUAGCGACUCUCUGCGCAGAGCUUUGAGCUUCCCCGAGACCGUGGACGAAAGUAAUCUAAAAAAGACUCGCACCAAUGACGAAUGUUCCAGCCUUACUAAUCUCACUCAAGCGAUCUUGCAUCGUCGUAAGGUGGAGAACGAAGAGGACGAUGAUUGCGACUCGAUUAGCGAAUCUGACACCGGUACCAAUGAUGGUCCGCUGGCUUCGGAUUACUGUCCUGCGGUCGGUCUUGUUGAUCAAGUAAUCGACGUGGAUAAUCUUCUCACGAAAUUGUUGAAAGUGCUACGAAUAAUUCAACUCGACAAUGAGACUUGUAUUCAAGAACUGAAAGAGGAGAAAUCUGAACUGGAAACGAAGUUGGAGGUGACGUCGACAGAGUUAGAGGAGAUGCGUAAAAUUGUGGACAGCCUCCAUCAGUCUGAAGAGAUACUGAGCAACUCGUCGGACAGACGGCGUAGCGUGAUGGAGAAUUGCCGUCUUCUGAUCAAAGAGGCGGGUAAGGAGGAAUUAAAAUUUCACGAGCCCGCAGUUGCUAAUAAUAGCGGUCCUGAGGAGGCAACAAACUGUGAAGAUCUCAACGCUAACGCAGCGGCUCAACUUCCUUCCUAAAACUAUAUAUAUUAUAUAUAUACACAUUUCUUCUGUCUUUUAUAUUAUCACGGUUUUCUCGACGACAUGUAAAUCGCUGCCUCUCCUAUCGUUUUUUGCACAACCAUUUGUUAGCAUUCUGUUAAUAAAAUCUUUUCGGCAGAGACAGAGAGUGGCGACGAGCCGCGACGACGCAAACUCUGUGUCUCUCGACGAAUCAAGCCAUGGUGAUUAGGUGAUACGACAUAGUCGACGAACUAAUAAGCAUUUCUCGCGUGUGUCAAAGUCGUGUACAGCUUUCUUCGUUCCGUCAUGCAGCAAACUUGUACUCGUGCGCUUCAGUAUUUUUUUUUUCCUUUUUUUUUCCUUCGACGAGACGCGUUUCGUGUAUAUAACCGUAAAUCCUUCCUAAUAAUUUCGACGGUAAUCAAUGGGUCCAUGAACGCGAGCCGCCGUUCUACCGGGCUAUUGUUCAGCCGAUCGUACCUCGACCCAUACUCUCGGAUCAUCAUCGUUUCAUCUAGUGUAAUUUACAUUAAGGAUUAGCUGUUACCCGCUAAGAAGAGUUAGAAUUAAUCGCGGUCAAUUGCUUCGAGCAUAAUGGACGAAUCAAGAAAUACUUAAUUCGUAGCGUAAUGAAUUAAUUUCUCAUGCCCACCGAGAACGCACUCGAUUGUGCUAUAACGAUAAACAUAUUUUCAAGAGUAUUAAAUCCUCUACGCUAGUGAACCGGAUGCACAGGUUUUUAAUGUACCUUAAACAAUUCCAUUGAACUUCACUUCCCCCGUUCGGACAUCGAGGAAAAAAAUAAAAAGAAAGGUUAAAAACGGAACACUUUUUAAACGUGAGAUACAGGGUACAUUAGUUUUACGAUACAACGUCGCAUCGUGAAGAUUGGUAUUAACUGUACUGCCCCUGGCAGAAAGUGUUCAAUUGUGUGUUCGAUAUUAAAGAAACAGAAUAAGAAGACAAAAUAUAUUUGAUGAAAAUAUUAAUGAAAUUAUACGAAAGAAUAAAUCUAUUCUGCUGUUCGACAAAUGUAAGACAAUGUAAAUAAUCUAUUGAAACGAGGACAUUUAAAACUAAGAAUUGUUUACAGCUUCGAUUAACUUUUGAGAAAUCACGGAAUUUUAGAUGUGUAUAUUAUAAGAGCUUUAUUAAAAUGACAACAACUAUUUAAGUCUAUUUGUGAAGUAUUUGUUACAUCCGAUCUAUGAGUUGUUUUUAUUACAAUUAUUCUUUGUUGUUUUAAUUAUUUUCCGCCAGGAGCAGUAUUGGCGACAGGGAAUCACUCGAACGGAACAAAUUGUUCAUAAAAUAUCGUUUGAUCCGUUGUUUAUCGCUGUUCGAGAUAUCAUUACCAUUUUAACAUGAUUUUCCGUUGAAAGAAAUUUUAAAAAUAAUAGACCCAGAUCAGCCUGAUCAGUGUCGGUGUAAAGAAAAAAAAGGAGAACACAUUACACAAAGCUACUUUCUAUUUUAAUGGUGAGAUAUAUUUCAAGAACAUAUUCUUGUACUCGCUUCCAUGAUUCACAAUUGAUCCGUCGUGUAAGUUCAAGACGUUGUAUAUAAAUGACCAUUGUGAACCUUUAUCUUCUAUUCUGAUUGUGUUUUUAUUAAAAUGAGAAAAAUACGAGCUUUUCUUCUUUCUUUGAAGUACACGUUAUUUACUAUAUUAUAAACUGUGUCUGUAAAGUCCGUGUGAAAGUGAUGAUCGUUUUCUCUCCUUCCUUAUUUUUUAGAAGGUUACAAACGAUUCCACCCAGACAAUGUAAAUUCUGAGGAGCAUAGUCCUAAGCAUUUUUUAUACAAAGUAUUGUGAUGAUAUACCAAAAAGAAUUCAUGAAUAAUGUAUUUUAAUUUUUAAUCAAAUAAAUUUCGUUUCGAUAAGGGUAUAUUGUACAUUUUACCCUUGAGUGCGUGGAAGUAUACAUGAAGUUUGAGAGUGGAUUAUAUUCCACAGAGGAGUGUGUAUGCAUAAUUGACAAAUGAACCGUAGAUACUGCCUUAAGCUAACCAAUUUGUUCAGUUACCUCUCUCAAGAGUAAUAUAAUGCAAAAUAUUGAUGAGAAGGGGAAGCUACAUGAUUAUCAAGAUGCAAACGAUGAAUUGAUGAAACCUUAUAACUAAACUGCAGAUUCUUAUGCAUUUCAGUCGGGAAUCGCGAUAGGAUGAAGAUCUUUAUUAGCUAUAAAAACAUAAAAAUUUGCAGUUUACUUAUAUCCUGUUUAGUCUAUAUAAAUCUUCACUCUCGGCGCAAUGCAGGCAAAAAUGGGGCCAAUAAAUUCGUUAAACGUGACCCGAUCCUGCAACAAAAAAAUAUCAUUAAUUACCUGAAUGUAUAUGAAUACAGUAUAUAGUAGAGAUCAAUGACCUCGAACAUACGAAAUGCCACCUCUACUGUGUUUAUGUUCAUCUGUCCAAAAUAUACCAGUAAUGUUUAUAUGCAGGUUACGUGAUCGUA